AUGUCAAUUCCCAACAUGCGCAGUCGAUCGGUGAUGUGCCAAGAUGUACGAAACUUGAUACUCUUGGUGUUUCUGGUUUGUCUCUUCCCCGUUUUCUGUCAGGCUACCCCGUCGCCGCGAUGGGGCACGUUUCGUCCGCAGGCAUUAAUUUCUGCCCGAGCUGCUGUUCCUCAUUCACCGCUUCUUGGUUUUAUGUACCAUCCGGCUUCGUCGCUGUCCAUACGACAUCUCGCCACUGACAACCACGACAAAAUAUCAUCUUUCUCGUGGUCGCGGCAUGACGGUCGAUACUUUGGAGACCAGCAUAUUGUCGACAAGGAUCUAAAUAUCAACAUCACUACUCACUUCCAACAUCAUCCGAAUCAGGAAGAUGCCUGGGCGAUCCGCGUUACGGCCGUGCCUAUCGACUCAAGCCGGCCAACUGAGCCCAUCUCACUCGUCUUUUACGCCACUGCAGGUCCUGAUGACAUUGAUAAGGAGAUUAACACGGUUAAUAUGGAGGACGCACCCCUGUGGGGAACGGUGGGCCUUGGUAGCGAUAUGCAUGUCUCACGAGAGGGAAUCGAAGGAGAUGUCGUCCUUGAAGGCAUUGCAGAGAGUGUUGGUGGAAGAUACAAGGUUUUAGUCAAGGAGCCGGAGUUCGGAUCUGUUUCUGAUGUAGCUAGCGAGGUUCCUACCUCAUUGACAGUCUCCAGAGCAAAUAGUGCAUCCGGGUCUCGGGCGUUUCUGCGCGCAAGGGGCGAUAUCCCAGAGAUGAAGCGUUUGCCCGUUGAUACUUUCCAUGUUGCCUCGCUACCAUCGGAUCCAAAACUUGCUUGGGCCGUUGAAAAGGUCCUUGAUCGUCUGCUACAGAAGUCUCGUGCAGCUGAUCACAAUGACCAAUCAUCUUCUCUCUAUGUAAUCAAGGAUGCGGUGCAAAGAGACGGUCAGGGUGUGCUCGUACAGAGGCUUGUCGAAGCACCGUUCCAAAUAGACGUGGCGUUUGCUCGCUCCGAUGGGAGAACAGCCGAAGAAGUCGACAGUAUUCUCACAAAAGAUUUGGGUCAUGAAGGCCUGCAGAAUCUACUUGAAGCAAGCCGGAAGCGUUUCGAUGCCAAAUUUGAUCGGGUGUUUGAGCUUGGUGCGAAAAACGUCUCGGUAGAUGAACAAGCUUUUGCGAAAGCAGCUCUGUCAAAUCUGCUUGGUGGAAUUGGGUUCUUCUACGGAAGUUCUGUAGCUCAAGAGCAGAGAAGGAACCCAACGGGACAGGAGGUCUUACAAUUCCUGGACGCAGUAGGCCUACUAACCGCCACCCCAUCUCGCGCGUUGUUUCCAAGAGGUUUCUUAUGGGAUGAGGGCUUCCACCAGCUUGUUGUGCAGCGUUGGGAUGAGAAUCUGAGCCGUGAAUGCAUGGAAUCAUGGAUGGGGGCCAUUCAGGCUACUGGAUGGAUUCCCAGAGAACAAAUUCUUGGACUAGAGGCAAGAAGCCGGUUUCCGGAACACGUGCAGCACCUCAUGAUUCAAAAUCCGAAGGUCGCCAAUCCUCCCACCAUUCUCAUGCCACUCCGUGUGCUCGCGUCCCUUUACCCUACCGGGGGUGAAUCACGUCAGCAAGGCUCGGAUGCCAGUUUCUCCACAUCGAACAAGCGCCAAGACCACAGAAAGCAGGAGAAUCGCUUCUCCGAUUUCUCAAGGGACAUGCUCAAGCAGGUGGUCCAAUACUACUCCUGGCUAAAAAGGACUCAAUCAGGACGGGAGCCGAACUCUUUCCGAUGGCGCGGUAGGUCUGCCGAAACCAAGGCUCCUGAAGGAUACCCACUGACGCUAGCCUCUGGGCUUGAUGACUAUCCACGGGCAGAAGUGCCAAGCGUGGACGAGAGACAUGUCGACCUACACUGCUGGAUGACUUGGGCUUCGGGGGCCCUCGCAAAGUUGUCGGAACGAGCUGGAAAUAACGCGACGAGAUUUUGGGAAGAGCAUAAUCAUUUGCGCAAAUCCUUGAUAGAUUUGCAUGGCUCUCAACCAAACGACAAUCAGAGUCGCGAAGAUCUGUUGCUAUGCGACUAUGACGGAUCCGAAAAGGUUUGCCACGAAGGUUACGUAACCAUUUUGCCAUUGGCGCUGGGCUUACUAGAACCCACAGAUCUGCGGCUUGGUGCGAUUUUGGACGCUCUAGAGGACCCAGGACUUCUCAGGGCACGAGCAGGCGUACGCUCACUUUCAAGGAAAGACGAAUGGCAUCGUAAAGGAGAUGACUACUGGACAGGCUCAGUGUGGAUGCCCUUCAAUUUCCUCACACUUGCGGCAUUGAGGACGAAGUACUCUAUAGAAGACGGCCCAUACAAAGAACGAGCGGCGAAGAUACUAGAGGAUCUGCAGCAGUCGGUUCUUCAAAAUGCAUUCAAAGUUUAUUCGGAGACAGGUCAGUUGUGGGAGAACUAUUCACCUGAUGAUGAUGGAUCCGGAAAAUCGGGUCGCCAGUUCACCGGCUGGUCCUCCCUAAUAUUGCUCAUGUAUGCAGAUAUGUACGAUGGCGUAACAUAA